UAUAAAUACUCAUUUCCCGCCAAUCUUCUCAUUUUGCGAGCUGCUUUCUACUGCUACUGCAAGCUGCAACUCAUCAUUCCUCUCUCUUCUCCAAAUCGCAAAAAGCCUUACAACGAUUACCGAUUCGCAAUCGCAACAUCCAAACGCUUCUGCAGAUCCAGAUCGAGAGGAUGAGAAGAAGGAUAAGCAUAAACAAGGUCUCCGAUCUGUCCUCCAUUCCCGUCUUUCCUCCUCCUCCAAUCCUUCACAACUCAAGGGCUAGGAGACCAAACACUGUGCCAAGUGGUGUGCAAGCGUCACAGCAAUCUCAGCUAUCAUUUUCUCAGGGACUCUCAUCUCAGCCUGGAAUGUUGUCUCACUUCUCCCAAAACUCUCUUGACGAGGCUGUGACGAAUUAUCAGAGAGUUGGUUCUCAAGAGCAGGAGAACUCUUUGAGGAAUAUUUCUAGCUUCCCCCAUCUUACAUAUUCACGAGAAGAGAGUCAAACACUGAACUCAAAAUCUUCAUCCAAUCUGAAGGUCAAACAGAAUCCUCCAGAGCAUAGAAGUCAAUUAAACGAUGGACUUGAACACCGAAUUGGCAUGAUGGAAACUUCAUUGAGGAGGUUUGCAAUGAUCUUGGAUUCUGUUCAGUGCGACGUAAUGCAAAUAAACAAAGAAACAAAGGAAGUUACCCUAGAGAUGGGAUGCAUAAAGCAGAAGUUGAUUGCUCAGGAUAACUCACUCCAAUUAAUAACCAACGGACAAGAAGAAACUAAGGCAAGAAUUGAAGAGAGCUUGAAAUCUUUAUUGGAACGAAUGAGCAAGGGUACUACAGACCAAGAGAAGUUACAGGAAGUAUAUUCGGUUGUUUCAACCUUGCCUCAGCUAAUUGAAGCUUCUCUCCGAAGUCUACAAAUUGAUCUCCAUAACUCCGCCACUGAAAUGCAGGCAUGUAUGAUAUGGCAAUGACCAAAUAAUAAUGACUAUCCAUGCAAGCAUAUUAUUAAAUUUUUAGCAUUUUGGUCAAUGUUAGUUACAGAUAUUUAUUUCUAAAGUGUAAUGUGUCCUUAAAUUAAACCCUCAGUUGGAAACCCUUUUGACAUUUUUUUUUA